CAUUUUAUAGAUUAAGAACGAUGGCAACCACUGUAGGAACGCCUGAAAAACGUAUGUUAUCAGUAGAUGUCAGUAAUGGUAAGAGAGAUAAUAUUGGACAAGAAAUAUCAUCUUUGGAGCGUCUAAUAGCUACGGCAAUGACUGAUAUCGCAUCAGAAAUAAACAAGAAAUAUGUGGAAUGUAUCCCUGAUUUGGUUACAACUAAUAAAUUAUUGGAUACCAUUCGUUCCACCUGUAGUGCCGUCAAUCACUCAGUCGAUUCCAUUGCUAACAAUGUAGAAAAUGUGGCGAAGGAAGCUGAGUUAAAUAAAAAAGAACUGGAAAAAUUAGAAUCUUUAAAAGAUUGGAAAUUGAAAAUGCAUUCCUUGGAAGAAAUUGAAUCACUGAUAUGUCAAUUAUGGUACUCCUCAAAUGAAGAAAACUCUCUGGUCAAUGCACAACUGCUCGUACAGCUGGAAGGAAAAUUAAAGGACAUUAUACAGGAGGAUAAAACUAUUGAUAAAACAUUCGCAGAGCGCAUUGGUCCAGCAUUGAAAACGGAAAUUGUGAUGCUGCGACAAGGUCUAACUUACAUGUUGAACAGUUUCUGGGAUCAGAUAUUUUCUGUACGAGAGCUCAAUAAUAAAGUUAUUUUGCACUUGACGGGAUCUAGCUGUGAUGCUUUGAACGAAAAACUAUCUGCAAUGGAUAUUUUAAAUUUAAUUGAUGCAAAAGUUGGCAAACUGUCAUUUGCUUUGAUGCAUCAUUUUUGUAAGAGGUUGAUUGCUGCAAAAGAUCCUACUGAAAUUAUCAUUUAUCGUGGUGGUACUUCUUUCUCAGACCAUGAAUUUGUAGUGCGCAAGGAAACACCAGUGGAAGAUGGGAAGAGAAAACGCCCUGAUCCAGAAAAAGUUUUCCGCGCAAUGCUGGAGUUAUUCCAGAACUUAGGCUCAAAUCUCGGUGCGAUGAAAGUAAGUGGAAAAAGUAUGGUGCAGUUGAUUGGUGAUAAAAUAUCAAAUGAAAUCGUUGAAUUGUUGGUGCAUGAAUGCCUUACACCAGCUAUCCCUUAUGAUUCCAAAGAUAUACCUGCAUUUGAGACUCUUCUAGCAACGACAGAUCAAUUUGGCGAGGAGAUGAAGAAGCUAGGAUUUUUCACAAAUUUAACUGAAUCGUUUCGGAAAUUUGCUGAAAAUUACGAGAGCACGUUCAUCAAUCGAAGAUGCAACAAGAUUAUUGGCGAAGCACGUUCCCUUAUUGAAGCGCCGUUGACAGAUUUUAUUUCAGUUGGCAGCACUUCAAAUACGGAUGACGAUGAAACUGUUGAAGAAUUUAUUAAACUCGGAUUAAGAAAACCGGAAGAAACCGAUGGGAAUGAGGAACAUUAUCCGAAAUUGAUGCGGUUGGUGAGCUGUCAAGUCAGUAAGACGGCUGCCGACAUAACAGAUCUAAUAGUAAGAACACUGGAUGAUGCAGCGAAAACAGAUUCCGCCUCAGCUAUGGCUAAAAUGUUGCAAACAGCUCGUAAUAUAGUCGAACUCUAUGCAUGGACCGCACCUCAAAAGCAUGAUUCUGAAAUCUCCUCGGUUCCUGUUUUGGCAGCCAUAUUUUAUAACAACUGUUAUUAUAUCUGUCAUCGGUUAAUGGUUAUAACAGUUGAAAUAUUGCCGAAAAUGCGCGACGUCAUGCAGACAAAAAAUCUGUUCAUUUCCUUUAUGGAUUUCAUUCCAAAUCUUCGACAGAUUGCUGCCGAAUCAAUGGAAAAGCAGUUAGCCCAGCGUCGUCGUCAGAUUUCUACUCUUCUGGCGGAUGAUAAAAUCUUUUUUGGCUUGGAUGACGUUUCACAGUAUGAAAAAUGCAUGAAAUGUUUGGAUGGAUGUAUGAUGAAUCUGGAGCAAAUUUCUGGAGUUUGGAGGACGGUUCUAACCAAAAUAGUUUAUGCGAACUGUGUUGGGAAUGUCAUCUCUUUUUUCUUCAAUACACUGAUCAAAAUAUUGUUAUCUGCGGAAGAUAUUCGAGCAACUGAUGCUGAACUAAGUGCUAUAGUACUGAGAAAGAUUUUGAAGAGAUCGGAGAUGUUAUUUGUUAUUGGACAGUCGAAGCAUUCGUCGAUCCAUAGAUAUGCCGAAGCACCAUAUUUCCGCAUCAAGGAGUUAUUGUUCUGCCUCGACUCAUCUUUACAGAACAUUUAUGAUCGAUGGUGUGAUGGAAAAGGACCUCUGGCACAGUGGUUACAUGCAGAUGAAGUACGUCAUUUGGUGAAAGCUUUGUUCCAGAAUACUGAAAAAAGAGCUCAGGUGUUGUCGAAGAUUAAUUGA